AUGGUUUUGGCUCAAGUUAAUUUUUCAUUGGAUGAAACUGAUUGUGCAGAACAAUCAUUACUUGAUCAUGAUCAUAUUCGUAUUCCAAUUAUUUUUAUAUAUAUUAUAGUAUUAUUAUUAUGUCUUAUUGGUAAUCUUUUUACAAUUGUUGUUAUAUGUGUUCAUCAUUCAAUGAGAACAGCUACCAAUUUUUUUCUUGCUAAUCUUGCUUUUGCUGAUUUAUUAGUUGCAAUAUUUUGUAUUGGUCAAAAUAUGUUUCAUCUUGUUGGUAGCCAAAAUUCACAUUGGCCAUUAGGUGAAGUUUUUUGUAAAUUGUAUGUUUUUAUUCUCCAUAUGGUACCAUGUACAAGUAUUGGAAUAUUAGUAUGUGUAUCAUUAGAAAAAUAUAUUGCUGUUUUACAUCCAUUAUUAGCAUUAAAACUUUUAACUCGUCGAUUACGAGUAACAAUGACUACAUUUAUCUGGAUAUUAUCAGUUUCCGUUAAUUUACCAUAUUAUUUUAAAUCAAUAGAAAAAAAAUACAGUCAGAUGUCAGCAUGUACACGUGAGUUAGAUGGAGAAUGGCCAGUUCGUGAUAUGUUGACAUUAAGUUUCUUUGUUUGGUAUUGCAUUCCAUUAGCUUCAAUAGCAUAUAUUUACACAAGAAUAGGGAUGGUAUUAUGGAGAAGUGAAUUUAGAAAUUUAACUAAUAGAAAAUAUAUUAAAGAAAGAGAAAAUAAUACGGAAGUUAUACAAUUAACAAAUACAAAAGAUAUUGAAGAACGAAAAAAUAAAUUAAUUAAUAAUACUUGUAAUGAUAAAAGAAAAAAUCCUUUUAUAAAACUUUUAAGUGAACAUUCAAGAGAAAGUGAAAAAGAUGCAAUGAGUAAUGCAAUUUCACAUUCAGAAUAUGCUCAUCAUAACUGUGUUAGUGCUGAAGUUGUUGAAAAUCGUAAAAAAGUUGUUCGACUUCUUCUAGCUAUUGUUUGUUCAUUUGCCAUUUUGACAUUUCCCCAUCAUGCACGUCUUUUAUUUCUUGUAUGGUCACAUCAUCAAUUAUGUCCAAAUUCAUGGGCUGUUAUAGCACAACCAUUUACAUAUUUAUGUAUGUUUCUCAGUAGUGGUAUAAAUCCAAUUUUGUAUGCUUUUAUGUCCCAACGAUUUCGUGAGGCUGUAAAUGAUAUAAUGAAAUGCAGAGUACGUAGAUAUCGUCGAAAUGGAACUACAAAAACAAAAACUGUUUUAUCAGAUAUUGCUGGUGGUGAUAAUAACUCACCAUCAUUAAUUGUUUCCCGUUCAAGAUCAUCAAUAAGAUGUUCAAAAAAAUUUUAA